ACUUCGCCGCUUUAGUAGUAAACUCCUUCGGUUACUCAAUAAAUUGGGAAUUUCUCAAAACCCAAAAUUCAUUAAUCUUCAAUUUCUUUCUUUAACACCCAAAAUUACGCACAUCUCUUCUGCACCCGUUCUCCAUCUGCGCCAAUCGCUAAGUUGCCGAAUUUCGAUUUCAUAUUUACCUGCCAUUUCUCUUUUUCAAUUUCUAGGGUUUUUACGACAUCAAUUUCGCUGCUGGUUUGAAUUCUUUACUUGUUUGUUCGAUUGAAAUCUGUUUUCUCUUUCGUAGGGUUUAUAUUUCUCAAAUUUCGUUGAUUAUUUGUCGAAUUUGAUGGUAUAUAUUGCUAUUAUUAUCUGCGAUUGUUGUGGGUAGAUGGAUUAGGAUUUAGCCAAUGGGUGCCCUAACAAAUAAUCGUAAGCGGGUGGAUGAAUGUUUUAGUUUAUGUAAUCAAUCUCCUUCUAUUGGUUCGUCGAAUCAUAAUCAUUAUUAUCUUAAUCACAUUGAAUUGCAUACAUCGAAGAAACGUAGAAUUAGUAUUCAAAGCCAUAAGAAGGUGAUUACUUCACCACCACCCAGUGCUGUUUCGUGGUUAAGUCGGUAUCCUGAACCGGAGAAGCUGAAAAGGGAGGUUCAUGCUCCUGUUAGGUCGAACAGAUUUGGAGUAUUGUCGAGUGGAUUAAAGCGUCGGAGUAGUGGGCUCGGGGAGAAGGAAUCGAUGGGGAAUGCUUUGAGGACUAUUUUUGAGCAGAAGAAACAAAAUGCCGUUAACGUUUUGCACUAUUUUAAGUUAGGUAAGGAUAAGAAGGUUAUUGAUGUGGAAGCUGAGCCUGAGAAGGAAAAUGUGAUUUCGAAUGGGUGGGAGGAGGUGGAGAUUGUAGAAGAUGGCCAUGAAGUAAGAUCAGUUGUUUCUGAUGACGGUAGAGUGGUGAAGGGUUAUGAAUUAAAGCCACAGACCCGGGAAUCGGAUGGGAAAGCAUUGAGAAAUGGUGCUAUUCAAGGUCUCUCGGUGGUGCCAGAUUUGAUCAAAGCUGAACGUUCUGGUAAAGUUGUAGCACUUGGCCGUGAGGCAUAUAAACAAAUGCUGAUUAAUGUAGACCGAAAUUAUUCUCCUAGGCAAAGUACUAGAGAUUCUGAAAUCAAAAUACAAGAGGCUAAGUUGCAGUCUUUACGGUCGUCGCAGAAACAAAUGGACAAGAAAGCAAAGGAGCAGAAGAAACCAGCAGAGGACAAGCUGCGUGAGCCUUUUGUGCCUCUGACAGAAGAGGAACAGAGAGAUGUUGCACGUGCCUUUUCAAAUACUAAUCGGAGAAAGAUUUUGGUCACCCAUGACAACUCCAACAUCCAGAUCACUGGUGAGCAUUUGCAGUGCCUGAGACCCGGUGCAUGGUUGAAUGAUGAAGUCAUCAAUGUAUAUCUUGAGCUGCUGAAAGAGAGGGAAAGAAGAGAGCCAAAGAAAUUUUUGAAUUGUCAUUUCUUCAAUACAUUUUUCUAUAAGAAGCUGAUUGGUGGAAGAAAUGGCUAUGACUAUAAAGCUGUCAGAAGAUGGACUUCACAGAGGAAGCUUGGAUAUGGACUCUUGGAGUGUGACAAAAUAUUUGUUCCUAUCCACAAGGAAGUGCAUUGGUGUUUGGCAGUCAUUAAUAAGAAGGAUAAAACAUUUCAGUAUCUAGACUCAUUGGGUGGAAGAGAUCUUCAUGUUUUGAGAAUAUUGGCUAGAUAUUUUGCGGAUGAAGUCAAGGACAAAACCGGGCAAGAGAUUGAUCUUCAUUCAUGGAAGCAAGAGUUUGUGGAAGACCUUCCAGAACAAGAGAAUGGGUUUGAUUGUGGUGUGUUUAUGAUCAAGUAUGCUGAUUUUUAUAGCAGAGGCUUGGGUCUACAUUUUUCCCAGGAAAACAUGCCUUAUUUUCGACAAAGAACAGCAAAGGAGAUUUUGAGGCUAAGAGCAGACUAAUAUGCAUUGUCUGUUAGAUAAUUCCUGUAAUGUAUUGGCAGAUGUACUUACCAGCGUCAGGUGGUGGGCAAAUGGGAUUUAAAAGUUCUUUGAUUGAGAUGACCUCAGCCGUGGGGAAAAAGCAUGGGGUCUUUAAUUUGCUGGAUUGUGCAGAAAUUUAGAAUCUUGCAUUGUGAGUUGACUGAAAAGCUUGUAUAUAAUAUGUAGUUGCGAUUCUUGCUUACCUACAACUCUACUCUGUCUACCCUAUUUCUUUUGGCCUGGUCCAUGUGAUUCAGGUUAAUUGUAUUGGGCUUACCAUGUUUACUGAAAAUGGAUAAUCAGUUUUUUGAUCUCAUCACAGUUGCAAUUGUAUCAGAGAUAA